UCCCAAAAUGUGUGAAUAACACCCUAUAAUAUUUCAUCUUUCCUUCAGUGCGGAGCUGCUCAAGUCCCAACAGAAGGAAGACGCGGACAAGGAGAAUUUCCCCGCCAGGGGGCGUGGCAGCCUCUUCAAGAGGAAGUCGUCUAGACGGGCCAAGUCGCUGGGGAAGGACCAUUGGGACGAGGUGAUGUUCGCUGGACUUGCGUCUAAGUUCCCGGCGUACGAGAGAGUGUUGCUGCGAGAUGAGAAAACACUGCCUGCUGGACGUGACGCCCCAGAACGUGGACCGGCUCAACUACGCCCAGUUCCACCCCGUGGUCGUCUACCUCAAGGCCGACGGGAAGCAGGCCAUCAAGGACGUGCGCUCCCGCUGGAAGACCAUGUCCCGCAACCCGCGGAAACUGCUGGAGCACAACGAGAAGAUUGAGAGGAUGUACUCCCAUUUGUUCACUGGUGUGCUGAGUCACAUGGGAACAGACGCCUGGUUCCCCAAACUGUGCAAGAUGAUAGACACCCAGCAGCGGCAGCAGGUCUGGAUGUCGGAGAAACAGCCGACGGAAGACAUGAGCGACGACUUUAUGUUCCCCAUGUCCACCCGCAUGAGCUUCGGAGCCGGGGCUGACAGCGACCUUGACCUCCCGAGGCCGCGAGACGACCUUGACGUGUCCCCGCUGCAGAAGAAGCGUCUGGUGCGCUCCUCCUCCGACCCCAGUGUGAACACGCACGAAAACAUUCCGGGCAUCCCGCCCUACCCCUCCCCGCCCACCUACAAGAACCAGAGGAUUCCCUCACACGACUCGCGCGUGUCGACCUCCGAGACCAGCCCAAGGUCACCGCCGAGGGAUG